UUCUGUUUCCGAGGGUCCUGUGCACUUCUCUUUCCUGUAUCACCGUGACUGUUGGUGGAUUUUGCACACCCUGCUCUGUGGGGGAGUGCCCCAACGUGCCUGUCUUAUGUGGCCUCUAUGGACACACUGCUCAGCUGGCAGAGAGCAGGGAAGUUUUCUCCCAGCACCCAAAAAGAGAAAGAGGAAACUACUUUUUCCUUCUGGGCUUCUUGCAGCACAAUAGACCAGGAUAAGCUUCCACAUUCUCUCCCUGGAUUUCUGGAGUGGUUUCCAGGAAGAAGUUCAACUUUUACCUUUAAAUGGAUGACCAUGUCACAAUCAGGAAGAAACAUCUCCAAAGACCCAUCUUUAGACUAAGAUGCUUAGUCAAGCAGCUGGAAAAAGGUGAUGUUAACAUCGUAGACUUAAAGAAGAAUAUUGAAUAUGCAGCAUCUGUGUUGGAAGCUGUUUACAUUGAUGAAACAAGAAGACUGCUGGAUACUGAAGAUGAACUCAGUGACAUUCAGACAGACUCGGUCCCAUCGGAAGUACGGGACUGGCUGGCGUCCACCUUCACACGGAAAAUGGGGAUGAUGAAAAAGAAAUCUGAGGAAAAGCCAAAAUUUCGAAGCAUUGUGCAUGCUGUUCAAGCUGGAAUUUUUGUAGAGAGGAUGUACAGAAAGUCUUAUCACAUGGUUGGUUUGGUAUAUCCAGAAGCUGUCAUAGUAACAUUAAAGGAUGUUGAUAAAUGGUCUUUUGAUGUAUUUGCCUUAAAUGAAGCAAGUGGAGAACACAGUCUGAAGUUUAUGAUUUAUGAACUGUUUACCAGAUAUGAUCUUAUCAAUCGUUUCAAGAUUCCUGUUUCUUGCCUAAUUUCCUUUGCAGAAGGUUUAGAAGUUGGUUACAGCAAAUACAAAAAUCCUUAUCACAAUUUGAUUCAUGCAGCUGAUGUCACUCAAACUGUGCAUUACAUAAUGCUUCAUACAGGUAUCAUGCACUGGCUCACUGAACUGGAAAUUUUAGCAAUGGUCUUUGCUGCUGCCAUUCAUGACUACGAGCAUACAGGAACCACAAACAACUUUCAUAUUCAGACAAGGUCAGAUGUUGCCCUUUUGUAUAAUGAUCGCUCUGUCCUUGAGAAUCACCAUGUGAGUGCAGCUUAUCGACUUAUGCAAGAAGAAGAAAUGAAUGUUUUGAUAAAUUUGUCCAAAGAUGACUGGAGGGAUCUUCGGAACCUAGUGAUUGAAAUGGUUUUGUCUACAGACAUGUCAGGUCACUUCCAGCAAAUUAAAAAUAUAAGAAACAGUUUGCAGCAGCCUGAAGGGAUUGACAAAGCCAAAACUAUGUCCCUGAUUCUCCAUGCAGCAGACAUUAGCCACCCAGCCAAAUCCUGGCAGCUGCACCACCGCUGGACCAUGGCCCUGAUGGAGGAGUUUUUCCUACAGGGAGAUAAAGAAGCCGAAUUAGGACUUCCAUUUUCCCCACUUUGUGAUCGGAAGUCAACGAUGGUGGCCCAGUCACAAAUAGGUUUCAUUGAUUUCAUAGUAGAGCCAACAUUUUCUCUUCUGACAGACUCAACAGAGAAAAUUAUUACUCCUCUUAUAGAGGAAGCCUCAAAAACAGACACUUCUUCCUAUGGGGCAAGCAGACGAUCAAAUAUGAAAGGCACCAUGAACGAUGGAACCUAUUCCCCAGACUACUCCCUUACAAGCGUGGACCUACAGAGCUUCAAAAACAACCUGGUGGACAUCAUCCAGCAGAACAAAGAACGGUGGAAAGAGUUAGCUGCCCAAGGUGAACCUGAUCUUCAUAAGAACUCAGAAGAUCUAGUAAACACUGAAGAAAAACGUGCGGAUGCACAUUCAUAGGUUUGAAAUACCUUAAAGGCUUCUGUCAGUUUAAACAUGAGAGGUAAUUUUAUUUUUUAGACAAGAAACCUAAUUCCUGGAAUGAAUGGUUUGUUGAAUGUCGUAGAGAAAAAGUUAUCUCAUUUCAAUGUCCUCCU